AUGAAGCCCUCAACCCUCCUCCCCUUCCUCCCCCUCGUCGCCGCCGUCGACAUGGCGCCCUACAAGCCCGCCGCCAACGUCGACGCCGCCUUCGACCCCUUCGUCGAGGCGUACUACCUCGCCUCCGAGGACAAAGCCGCGACCACGACCUUCACGGACUUCUGGCCCGCCACGGGGCAGCUGAUCAUCGCAGGGCGCACCUUCUCCGGGUACGCGGCCAUGCUGGGGGUCAAGCAGAGCCUGCUGCCGCCGGCGGGGGAUAAGUCGUGGUGGCACCUGAUCCGCGGGGCGAGCGUGGCGGGCGAGACGGCGGAGAGCAAGACGUUCGUGGCGGAGAUUGUGAUACAGACGACGUAUGUUGGGGGCAACUGUUCGCAGGCGUAG